UUCGGGACCUGAAAGGGUUCGAGGUCUCAGCCUUUGGCACCUGCGGUGGAAGUCUUCUGUUGUCCUUUGUGGGCAGCGGGGUGAACAAGCCUGUGCUCCGGACGCGGCGGGCGGGGAUUUCUGUGUUCCCGCGGCCGGAGCCCUUUAGGCCCGGGCUGCUGUGGGACCGGCCCCGGUCCUCCCCUGCCCAGGCGGGUCCGCAGAAAGCUCUGCUUCCUCAGAGGCCAUUCCCCGGCCUCCUUGCCGAGGACGUCAGAGCCCUAGGGUACAUCCAGGAAGAAACUUUCCAGGUCAGAUCUUACUUGAAGCACUGAUAAAAGUUUUGCAUAGCUAUGAUGGCAUCUACUUGGGACAUGCAGGCCCACAAGGACCAGGAUGAACUUUUGGAAGUAAAGAUAGAGGAGGAAGAGGAAGAGAAGUAUACCACCAGACAGGAUCAGAACCUGCAAAAGAACAACACCCAUAGCAGAGAGAUCUUCAGACAGUACUUCAGACAAUUUUGCUACCAGGAAACAUCUGGACCCCGUGAGGCUUUAAGCCGACUUCGAGAACUUUGCCAUCAGUGGCUUCGGCCAGAGACCCACACCAAAGAACAGAUUCUGGAGCUGCUGGUUCUGGAGCAGUUCCUUACCAUCCUGCCAGAGGAGCUCCAGGCCUGGGUGCAGGAACAGCAUCCAGAGAGUGGGGAGGAGGUGGUAACUGUGCUGGAGGAUUUAGAGAGAGAGCUGGAUGAGCCAAGAGAUCAGGUCUUAGUCCAUACUGGGGAACAGGAAGUGUUCUUGCAGGAGAUGGUACCUCUAGGAACAGAACAAGAACAUAGUAUGUCCUUCCAGUCCGUAAAAGCCCAGCUAAAGUGUGAAUCUCCGGAACUUGGAGUCCAGCAGGAACAAGUUUCAGAUGUUGAGACUGGAAAUGAGUACAGAAAUUUAACUCUAAAGCAAGAAAUUUCUGAAGAAAUGGAACCAUAUGGGAAUAUAUCUAAUAGAUUUGAAAAUGAUAUACCUCGGUCUACUAGGUGUGGAGAAACUCAUAAACUUGAAGAAAAAACAGAAGAGCCUUCUGGAUACUCCAGGGAAGAUAAACAACCUACAUGUGAUGGAAAUGGAGCAAGUCUGACUGAGAACUCAGACCAUACUGAACACCAGAGAAUCUGUCCAGGAGAAAAAUCUUAUGAAUGUGAUGACUGUGGAAAAGCUUUUAGUCAACAAUCACGCCUCUUAGAACAUCAGAGGAUCCAUACCGGAGACAGGCCCUAUAAAUGUGAAGAAUGUGGAAAAGCUUUCCGUGGAAGAACUGUGCUUAUUCGACACAAAAUAAUACAUACUGGAGAGAAACCAUAUAAAUGUAAUGAGUGUGGCAAAGCCUUUGGCCGGUGGUCAGCUCUUAAUCAACAUCAGAGACUUCACACAGGAGAAAAACACUACCACUGUAAUGAAUGUGGCAAAGCCUUUAGUCAGAAAGCAGGCCUCUUUCACCAUCUCAAGAUCCACACAAGAGACAAACCUUAUCAGUGUACUCAGUGUAAUAAAAGUUUUAGUCGGCGUUCCAUACUUACUCAGCAUCAAGGAGUUCACACUGGUGCGAAGCCCUAUGAGUGCAAUGAGUGUGGAAAAGCCUUUGUUUAUAACUCAUCCCUUGUUUCCCAUCAGGAAAUCCACCACAAAGAAAAGUGCUAUCAGUGUAAGGAUUGUGGGAAAUCCUUCAGUCAGAGUGGCCUUAUUCAGCAUCAGAGAAUUCACACUGGAGAAAAACCCUACCAAUGUGAUGUAUGUGAAAAAGCCUUUAUUCAAAGGACAAGUCUUAUAGAACAUCAGCGAAUUCACACUGGAGAGAGACCCUAUAAGUGUGAUAAGUGUGGGAAGGCUUUUACCCAAAGAUCGGUCCUCAGGGAACAUCAGAGAAUCCACACUGGAGAGAGGCCCUACAAGUGCGAUGAGUGUGGGAAUGCCUUCCGAGGAAUCACCAGUCUCAUUCAGCAUCAGAGAAUCCACACUGGGGAGAAACCUUACCAAUGUGAUGAGUGUGGAAAAGCCUUCAGACAGAGGUCAGAUCUUAGUAAACACCAGAGAAUCCACUCUGGAGAGAGGCCCUACAAGUGUGAUGAGUGUGGGAAUGACUUCCGAGGAAUCACCAGCUUCAUUCAGCAUCAGAGAAUCCAUACUGGGGAGAAACCUUACCAAUGUGAUGAGUGUGGAAAAUCCUUCAGACAGAGGUCAGAUAUUAGUAAACACCAGAGAAUCCAUAAUGGAAGUGGUCCCUAUAUAUGUAAAGAGUGUGGGGAAUCAUUCAGGCAGAAUUCAGCUCUUACUCAACAUCAGUCUAUCCACAAAGGAGAAAAAUCUGUUUCUGUGUGAUGACCACAGGGAAGCUAUCUCACAGACUUCAGGCUGGUGAGAAAUACUAGCUUUCUAGUGAUUUGGGGCAAAACUUCAGUCACUAUUGCUAUAAGUAAACCUCAUAUAUUUAAUAAGAACCCUCUGUGUGCUGCCCAUUGUAUUAGGUGUUGUGGAGAACAAGAAAAUAACACCAGACUUAUUUUCUUGAAGAGUUUACAGCCUAAUUUGGGAUAUAUAAUAUCCACAUAUUUAGUUAAAUAAGACUUUAGUAGAGUAGGAUUGAUGCUCAACAUGGUAUAGCAUUAAAAUGGCACUUGUUAGACAAUAAAUGCUAUAAAUUCUAAAGAUAGAUUUGUUUUGCCUAGGGUGGUCAGGAAAGACUUUAUUGAAAAUAGGGUUUGAUGAGCAGAUUUGGAUGGUAAAAGGGAGAAAACAUUUAGGUAAAGCAAAUGUAAGAGGUAAGAGUGCCUGUGGUUUGGAAGCAUCAGUGACAAGACCUAAAGUGGAGAGUUUAUUCAUAGUGGGCAAUUGAUUGCAUUAAGUCAGAAGCAGCUUAGGAACAGACUGUGGGAGGGCUAGAAUGUCAAUGAUUUCAUCUGAUAAUUUACAGCACUUUGACACUUACAGAGCACUUUUCUCAUUUAAUUCCUAAAAUACCACUGUAAAUCAAAAUUAGUCUCCAUUUUAAAAAUGAGGAUACUCUUGCUUAUGGAGUUGGUGACGUAGCUAUAAUACCACACAAAACCCAGUACCUAAUUGCCAGGUCUCUGGUUUCUAGUUCUGUCCAUUACAGUAGUGAUUCCCCAACUUUGAUGAACAUCAAAAUCACCUGUGGAGCUUGUUUAACAUACCUGAGUCUUACAGACAUUCUGUUUCAUAAGGCCUAGGAUGGGAGUUGAAAAAUCUUCAUUUUUAUAGUGCCACAGUCACUUGUACUCUAAUAUUUGAGAAACAUUGAGUUGAGUCACAGCUGACUUCAUAAUUGUGUGUGAAGUGAAGAAGCCUGAAUACAGUCCUGUAAACAAGGGGAUACUGUAGACUUUUAUCACAAAUCCCUACAGGGGACAUGUGCCACCAACUCUUUAGAAUAAACAGGAAAUUAGACCACCAUCAUGCCUUAAAUCUAAAGUUUUAAGGUGGCCUUUCCAUCCCUUCAAAGUUAAGUAUUUCAAAACCUACAUUCCAAGGCUUAUUACCAAGGUCUUCUGAAUGCAAGGACUUAUAUGUUUGUUUAUUUAGGGGAGAGGUGCUGGUAUUCAUUUUUACUUUCAACCUCCCUUUGUUUCCCAUCUCUGUCAUUAUCAUUGAAUUCUGAGUUUUCUAAUAAUUGCUCUUGAGAACAGAUUACAAUUUUUUGGUUUGUAUACCUUCUUGAGCACAUAAAAGGCCCAAAGAUUACAGAUACUAUCCCUUGGGCGUCUGAAAAAAUAACCAACAACUGGUUGACUUUACCCUUGUAUUGCUGAGUUAAAAACUCUGGAUGAGAGCUUAUGAUGAUUAUUUUUGUGGGCAACAGAUAAGCCACAUAGAAGUACAUAUGAUUCCUGAUCUGUUUGUCUUUUUAUAUAGGAAUCAAUCUCUACUGUCCUAUUAUUUCUUUCCUGUUUUACCUUGCCAUAACAAAUUCCACACCACAAUUUCUGGGACUAUCUUCCCACUCUAGCCCAAGGCAACUGCAGUCCCUUUUCUUCCCUCACUUCUAGCGGUCAGUGGGUUUGAAGUGGUGAGGCAGUGACAAUAGGGGAAGGGGAGAAAGAAAAAAGUAAUUUCCAUUCUUCUUUAGUAAGUCCCACUCCUAAUUACAUUUCUAUGCAGCUCUGUGUCUUUGUCCUAUCUUCUUUCCACUCCUAUGAUUUAUUCUGCUAUUUCCCUAAUGUCCCUGUCGCUUGCUCCACUAUUCAUAACUUCUAUACAAAAUAUCAUCACAGGGUUAGAACUGGGAGAGUCCUUAGUCCUAUAGAAAUACCUGUGUUUCUAGUUUUCUAAGUUAUAAAUGUGAACACAUUUUCCCCUAGAAAUGAUAAUGGUAUAAGUACUAUAAUUUAGGCAUAUGACAUGUCAAAUUGGCUUUUGGGAUUGGAACUUAAUAUGACUUUCUGCAUGGAAUAACAUUCUUGAGUUCACAACAGAGAAAAGCAAAUGAACAGUUGAAAAACAACCACUGCUUAUUUAGGCUUUUUCAUAACACCAACAUUGGAGUUGCACACAUAAAGCACUGAGGCAACUGGGAUUAGAAACCUAGCUUUUUUACCUCAAGGAAACAAACAAGGAUCCCAAAUCUAUACCUGAGAGCUCUAUAGCUAUAAGUAUAUGAGGCCUGUUCCCUAGCUAAACUUACUCUGCUUCCCAUUUCUCUCUCUUAUGCAAACUCUUCUCAUUGGAGGGGACUUAGUAAUGUGAACCUUUAUGAGAAUGCCCUCCUUACCAGACCAAUGCUAUUCAUAUUCCUUAUCUAGUCUGAUUUUAUAGACUUGUUAUCCAAACUGAAAUGGCUCUGCAUAGUAAUUUCAGAGCCUCUGUGUUCAAUCUGAUUGUUCACUCGAAUGGAAGCUGCUUUUUAAACUUACUUUGCACUUUUUUCAGUGUCUUUAUUUGGGGUCUUUCCAGUUAAUUUUCUGCUUAACAUGUUUCUGUCAAUGCACACAUGUUCCUCCACUUGCCUUUCUGCACACUACUUAAUCUAACUCUCUUACGUACCAAAUAUAGAGGGACCAUAAACAAAGACCAAGAACAAUGGAAUAUGCCUAUUAUAUAAGAGGAAACAGUUCAUACUUGUUUAAAAAUAAAUGUGGGUGUUUUGUUGUUGUUUCUUGUGCUUAAAUACAAUUGUAGUACCAAAAAAAGGUGGAGUGGCAUGGAAUUUCCAGGUACACAUCAUGGAUCAAACUAGUUAUCUAGGAUAAGGAGAAAAUAUAGAAGAACAAAGUUACUACUUGGAGCUAAAUUGACAAUACAGAAAAAUCGAGGCUUUGAGGGGCAAAUAGAGGAUGUGACAAAGUAUGUUAGAUAUGGAAUAGGAGUGCUACAUUGGGGAGUACAGUAAACAGAGAAUGCCUUUGAUACGGUCAAGAACAUCUUUAUGGAUAAAAGAUAGAUGUGGUGUGACAGAUUCUAGGAAAUCAGGGACCUUUGAGGCAUCUUAUCUAUGUGGAUUUUGAAAUAAUCAACAAUAACAGGAGCCAGAAUGGAAAGGACAAAUGUGAAAGUGAAGCGGGUCCAAGGUAGAAGUAAUGGCAGUUAAUAAUAGUAGUAACCACAACAGCCAGUAAAAGUACCUGGUAUAAACUCAAAUGAAUUAAUCAUAAAGCAGCAGCUUACAGAUUACAUUAAGGAUGAGAAUAAGGUUGCCUGGCUUUUCUUUUCUACUUGAUUCAAGGUAAACAAGACAUUGAUUGUUUAAGGCAAAAAGCACAGAGGAGUUAGGGGAGAGUCAUGUUUGUAAAGCAAUGAAAAGUGAAGUGAGUGUAAACACAGCUGUGGAUGAAAAAGUAACCUGACAAAUGGAUUCUAAAGAGUACAGUAGGAAGGGACUCCAAAGGAAAAAAGAUGGAUCUCUCCCCCCCAAAAUAAAUUGUAUGUAGUGGUUGGUAGAAUUUGAGGUAUGAGAUAAAGCUCAUGGGAAAGGAGAAUGGGAUUGAGCAGGGCUCUGAAUUGAGAAAUCUCAACUGUAUGGCGAGGUUGGAGAUGGAGAGCCCUAAGAUACAAGAACUUAGACAAGCUCUGUACUCCUAUACUCCAUACAGAAGUAGCCUCUUUUGUUAAUAUACAAAAAAUAGAUUAUUAAUUGUAGAGUUGUUAUAGUCAAAACAAAGCUAUUAUUGGCCAACUUUUGGAAUUGAGAAAAAAUAAUACUGUACAUUUAUUAAUUUCUUACUAAGGGACAGGCAUUACUAAAUGAUUUACUUAUAUUAUUUCACUUUUAGCUGGGGAAACUGAAAUCAAUGAAUUAAAGCUGCUCAACCUCACAAAGUUAAUAUAUGGUGGAGCCAGGAUUUAAACUCAAGCAGCCCAAUUCCAGAACCCAUACUUUUAAACUCUGUGAUACUCUUCCUGUUCUAUUUCAGUUGAAUGAACCUUAUUUUGCAGUAUUUAGUGUCUUGAAUAAUUAUCUGUAGAAAUUUUUCAACUCCUGUCACUAUUCUGGAAAAUACUUAGUCCUGGGGUCCAGACACCUCAGGUAAUAACAUCACCACCCUCUCUGCAUACCAAAUCGUGGGUGAGGUUUGGCCAGCAUAAACACAGCCCUGAUUCUUGUUGCCUGCACAGUGAGGAUGUCGCAGGAGACAUUCUACUUUAAAAAUGGGUUCUUUAUAUGAAAGGAUCACCCUGCUAGCUUAGAACCAUAAUUCACAUUCUGCUUUUUUCUUUAAGGUAGAUCAUAAAGAUUUAAAGAGAUGUCCUCAAGUGUUAAUAACCCAUUAUAGAUUUAUCUUUGAUAGAGUUUCUAAAAGUGGUUUUAUAUUUGGAGCCAGUACCACUUUUUUGAUUAAAAAACAUAAAUAUAUAUAGAAUAUUGGUUUUGUUUGCUUAAAAUUGACAUCUUAUAGUUCAUAUGGUACCCCUGUUGACUCCACAAGGCCAGAGUUUGAGCAACAAGUGCAUGUUCAACCUGGGGAUAAUCAUGUGGAUAGCCUUUUUUUUUGAGACAGAGUCUCACUCUGUUGUCUGGGCUAGAGUGCCGUGGCAUCAGCCUAGCUCAC